GACGGUUAGACUUCAUUCCUCUCGUGACCCCAUAUGCUCUGUCGGCUGCUUAGUGCUCUCGAACAGAGUGAGCAUUCGUUUCGAUUCGAUUUUAUAAAAAGUAGGCAGAUGGGUUGUUGUGGCAGCAAGCACAAACUGUCAGAACCUGACUACAAUGACUAUAGAUCAGGUAUGCCUCCUUCAAGGCCAGUCCAACCAGCUUAUCAACAGCAACAAGUUCAAACGCAGAAAGUGUCAGUGCCUCAAAUUCAAGCUCCGCAAAUGAGGCAGCCCCAACCAAUCCCUGCCCCAUUGAAACCUUCACCAGCAAGCAGCAGGCCAGUUCAAGGGCAAGAAACAAUAUUAGGAAAGCCUUUGGAAGACAUUAAGCAACACUACACUCUUGGAAAGGAACUUGGUAGAGGCCAGUUUGGCAUAACUUACUUGUGCACUGAGAAUUCCACUGGCAAUACUUAUGCUUGCAAAUCAAUAUUGAAGAGAAAGCUGAAAAACAAACAAGACAGAGAGGAUAUAAAGAAGGAGGUUCAGAUUAUGCAGCACUUGUCUGGUCAGCCAAAUAUUGUGGAAUUCAGGGGUGCUUAUGAGGAUAGACAAUCUGUUCAUCUUGUAAUGGAGCUUUGUGCUGGUGGAGAGCUUUUUGAUAGGAUUAUAGCUCAAGGCCAUUACUCCGAGAGAGCUGCAGCAGCUAUUUGUAGGUCAGUGGUGAAUGUGGUUCAUAUUUGCCAUUUCAUGGGGGUGAUGCAUCGUGACCUCAAGCCAGAGAAUUUCUUGUUGUCUAGCAAGGAUGAGGGAGCUAUGUUGAAGGCAACUGAUUUUGGGUUGUCGGUCUUUAUUGAAGAAGGGAAGGUAUAUCGCGAUAUUGUAGGUAGUGCCUACUAUGUUGCUCCUGAAGUUCUGCGACGUAGUUAUGGAAAGGAAAUUGACAUCUGGAGUGCUGGAAUUAUUUUGUAUAUUCUGCUCAGUGGUGUCCCUCCAUUUUGGGCUGAAACUGAGAAAGGAAUAUUUGAUGCCAUUACUGAAGGGGAACUAGAUUUUAAAAGUCAACCAUGGCCUUCAAUAUCUGAAAGUGCCAAAGAUCUAGUACGAAAGAUGCUGACAAUGGACCCAAAAAAGCGGCUCACCUCUGCGCACGUUCUUGAGCAUCCUUGGAUGAGAGAAGGUGGGGAAGCAUCAGACAAGCCAAUAGAUAGUGCAGUUCUCUCCAGAUUGAAGCAAUUCAGGGCAAUGAAUAAGCUGAAGAAACUUGCAUUGAAGGUUAUUGCAGAAAAUCUAUCUGAAGAAGAGAUUAAAGGUCUUAAAGCAAUGUUCUCAAACAUGGACACAGACAACAGUGGCACAAUCACCUAUGAGGAACUGAAGGCAGGUUUGGCUCGUCUUGGAUCAAAGCUCUCUGAAGCUGAAGUCAAGCAAUUAAUGCAAGCUGCUGAUGUGGAUGGAAAUGGAACGAUAGACUAUAUUGAAUUUAUCUCAGCUACAAUGCAUAGAUACAGACUUGAAAGAGAUGAGCACCUGUACAAAGCAUUCCUGUAUUUUGAUAAAGAUAACAGUGGGUACAUCACAAAGGAUGAAUUAGAGACAGCUAUGAAGGAGUAUGGAAUGAGUGAUGAAGCCAGCAUCAGGGAAGUGAUCUCUGAGGUGGAUACAGAUAACGAUGGGAAAAUUAACUAUGAGGAGUUCUGCACAAUGAUGAGAAGUGGGACACAACAAAGGAAAGCUUUUUUAGAUAUUAUUGAUGGUUCCAUUACCAACCAACAACUGAGUUUCUGAAGACUGAAGUGGUGUAACAGCGUCAGCAGGAGUAGAGAAAUCACACCAGAAGGUAUGGUGUGGAUAUAGACUCAGUAGACCAGGAUCAUUUUCUUGUAUGGUCCUUAGCCAUCCUGAUUCUAAAAGUGGGUAGUUUGAGAAAUCGAGGGUACUAAUUAAAAUUGAUUUAAGUUGCAUUGCUUAUGUGUAUCGACUCUCUAAAUAAUUUAUCUAUCAGUUUCCAAGUUCUUUCCCUGAUUCUUCUCUUUUUA